AUGCCUCCCGCUGAGCAGCCACCUAAUGAGCAACCUGCCUCUCAAGAGCCUCCUCACCAGCAACCCCCUCAGCAACAGCCUUUCCCUCAGCAGCCUCCCCAUCAGCAGCCUCCCUAUCAGCAUGCCCCCCAUCAGGAGUCUCCUCUUCAGCAACCUCCUCCUCUCCAGCAGCCUCCUGCCGAACAGCCUCCUCUUGAGUUGCCCCCGGUUCACUUGCCAUCGGCUGAGCAGCACAACAGCGAGCCAGUAGACCACGCGCUUCCUCAUAUCGACACUUCACUCCCUCCGAUUGAUACGACUCUGCCCGCGAUGGAGGAACACGAACGUCUCAGUCAUGAACUGCCCCCGAUCGAUACAACGAUACCGUCGCUUCCUCCAAUUGAUACCUCUUUACCGCCGCUUGACACUACGCUUCCAGCUACGGACGGGCUACACACCGAGGAACCCGAUUUCUCGUUCCCGGAAUUGAAACAAAGUGACACCGAUGGCCAUGGGGCGGACCAUUCGCACCCACCAGGAACGAACGGGUUUGACUUUCCCGAUCACACGCCCCAUUCCUCGACCCCCGCCCCCUCCUAUCAUGCUCCGGUGAACGACACGCAUUCGCAGCAGCCGGCUCAGCAGGAGCAUUCUCAUUUGUCCCACCACACACAUCAACAUCAGCAGUCCCCACACCCAGGUCAACCGUCGCAACCUCAGAACCACUACGAGCAUCAAUACUCCCACAACCAACAUCAUCCGCAGCAGCAGCACACGCCAUCGCAGCAUGGAUCGCCAACCCAACAUCAGCAAGGCCUGGGGCAGUCGACACCGACACAACCGCACCAGCAACAGCAACAGUAUCAGCAGCACCAGAGCUCGGACAUGUAUCACAGUCACCAGUCCAUGAGUGCCCCGUCGAUGCAGACCAUGGAUCAUCAUUCGAUGCAGGGACAGCACUCCCAAAUGCCCCAGGCCCCCAUUGGUUCGCCUAUGCCCUCAAACAUGCCUCCGAUGACCUCUGUUGGCCAGUACAUGACGGGAUACCCUACCAACGUUGGUCAUAUGGGGAUGAAUGCCAAUUCCCAGAUGCGUUACCAGCUUUCGGGUGACGCCAAUAAGAUGUUGUCGGGCGGGAGACAUAAGAAAGAGGUUAAGCGUCGGACGAAAACAGGGUGCUUAACAUGUCGUAAGCGACGGAUUAAGUGUGACGAGGGUCAUCCUGUCUGUCGGAACUGUGUCAAAAGUAAACGGGAAUGUCUAGGUUACGACCCAGUAUUUAAACAACAACCAACGCCUUCUGCUAUUCAGCCCGCCCCGAAUCCGCAUCCUUCUUUGGUGGUAAAUCCCCAGGAUCCUUCCACCUCUUAUCCUCAAGCUCCUCCGGGCUACGUACCUGCCGCGUCGCAACCGUUUGCUCCUUCUGAAUCGCCCAGCACGUCAACCGACCGCUACGAUAGCUACGGAGCGCCCGUUGAUCACUCUGCCGACGUGAACAAUCAGCAGAACAUGGCCAGCAUACAGCAUGCCGUUGAAGGAGGCCUGCAGCCGACGGUCAACCCUGCAGCAACCAAUGCUACCGGCACCCCGUCGGAAGCUACCAGUUUCAGAGUGAAACAAGUGCAGAUCAGCGACCUUCUUGCCCUGCGAGGAAUCCCCCCUCCCCCUCCGCACCCCAUCACAUCACUGCCGCCUAAUCGGCUCGAGGAAAUCCAAGCCGUGUUCCUCGCAACGUAUGCUCCGGCCAUAGACAAGUUCUUCGAAACCAGGUGGUUCCAGGAUAAAGCGUUGCCCCAUCUGCUGGCAAAUGCACAGCUCAUGGCGGAGUACUCCGCCUUGAUUGAUGCCUUCAACGACCCCAAUCUCAACGACCCGAACGUGGUUGCCCGGUUGGAGAGUUUCGAAGCGUCAGUGGUGUGGAGCUCGAUGACUUUGUGCCGUCAUGUGAUGAACGUGUCCGGGGGAGCCCAGCCUGAGUACGAUCUGCUAGCGUCGGCGAAGAGACUGGACGUGAUUGAGGCGAUGAUCACGGGCGAGCAUCUGGACUCGAACCCUCUGAGCCAGUUCCCUACCCGGGAGCCGGCUGCCAAUCCCCCCUCGCUGCCGGAUCAGUUGACACAACGGUCGUUGGACUUCUGGAGCGCCGUCGGAUACUUUCUCACGCUACACGACAACGAAGCCAGCUCGGCUAAGGAGAUCGACGAUACCCUGGCCCGCUGCCGGACAUUGUUGGACACGUACGAGAACCGGGAUGUGAUCUACUCGAUCGCUAUUGCACGCCACCUGGGACAACGGUGGGCGGACUUUCCCCGCAGCUUCCCGCAACCGAUCACAACGAACGAGAAGGAUGCGGGAGCCAAGCUGUAUGUCGCACAGAAGUUCCUCGAACAGGAAGCCGGCGGCAAGGGCACAACACAAGUGAUCAAGCGCAUCUGCGGCAUGGUUGUUCGAUCCUGGAUUGUUUCCCGCGAGUGA